GGUCCGUAACGGCCCUCGCGCACCUCGCACAGCUGGAGCGCUUUGCUCGCGGCACUGUCUAUAAAGUUGUUGUUGCUGCUUCCGCCACGGGUGGAGGAAGAUGGCGUCGGGAGGUGGUGGCUGUAGCGCUUCGGAGAGACUCCCUCCGCCCUUCCCUGGCAUGGAUCCGGAGUCCGAAGGGGCUGCCGGGGGGUCAGAACCCGAGGCUGGGGACAGCGACACCGAGGGGGAGGAUAUUUUCACUGGCGCCGCGGCAGCCACUAAGCCCCAGUCUCCAAAGAAAACCACAUCCCUUUUUCCUAUCAAAAAUGGUUCCAAAGAAAAUGGGAUCCAUGAGGAACAGGACCAAGAGCCACAGGAUCUCUUUGCAGAUGCCACAGUGGAACUAUCCCUGGACAGCACACAGAAUAACCAGAAGACAAUGCCAGGCAAAACACUUAUCUCUCAUCCUCCGCAAGAAGCCACAAAUCCUCCUAAGCCGCAGCCAAGCUAUGAGGAGCUGGAGGAAGAAGAACAGGAGGAUCAGUUUGAUUUGACAGUUGGUAUCACUGAUCCUGAGAAGAUCGGGGACGGUAUGAAUGCCUAUGUAGCCUACAAAGUCACCACACAGACAAGUUUACCGAUGUUCAGAAGUAGACAGUUUGCAGUGAAAAGAAGAUUCAGUGACUUUCUGGGUCUUUAUGAGAAGCUUUCAGAGAAGCACUCCCAGAACGGCUUCAUUGUCCCUCCUCCACCCGAGAAGAGCCUAAUAGGAAUGACAAAGGUGAAGGUUGGGAAGGAAGAUUCUUCUUCUGCAGAAUUCCUUGAGAAACGGAGGGCUGCUUUGGAAAGGUACCUUCAAAGAAUUGUGAAUCAUCCUACCAUGUUACAGGACCCAGAUGUCAGGGAGUUUUUGGAAAAAGAAGAGCUGCCUCGAGCUGUGGGUACGCAGGCUUUGAGUGGUGCUGGUCUCCUUAAGAUGUUCAACAAAGCUACAGAUGCAGUCAGCAAAAUGACCAUCAAGAUGAAUGAAUCAGACAUUUGGUUCGAGGAGAAGCUCCAGGAGGUAGAGUGUGAGGAGCAGCGCCUCCGGAAGCUGCACGCUGUGGUGGAGACUCUAGUCAACCAUAGGAAAGAACUAGCGCUAAACACAGCCCUGUUUGCCAAGAGUCUAGCCAUGCUUGGGAGCUCCGAGGACAACACAGCACUGUCUCGAGCACUCUCCCAACUGGCUGAGGUGGAAGAAAAGAUUGAGCAGCUCCACCAGGAACAGGCCAACAAUGACUUCUUCCUCCUUGCUGAACUCCUGAGUGACUAUAUUCGCCUCCUGGCCAUUGUCCGAGCUGCCUUCGACCAGCGCAUGAAGACUUGGCAGCGCUGGCAGGAUGCUCAGGCCAUGCUGCAGAAGAAGCGGGAGUCUGAGGCUCGGCUGCUGUGGGCCAACAAGCCCGACAAGCUGCAGCAGGCUAAGGAUGAGAUUACGGAGUGGGAAUCUCGGGUGACUCAGUAUGAAAGGGACUUUGAAAGGAUUUCAACAGUUGUCCGAAAGGAAGUGACACGAUUUGAGAAAGAGAAAUCCAAGGACUUCAAAAACCAUGUGAUCAAGUACCUGGAGACACUCCUACAUUCCCAGCAGCAGCUGGCAAAAUACUGGGAAGCCUUCCUUCCUGAGGCAAAGGCCAUCUCCUGAGGAACCAAGGAUACCAGAGCUACCUUCGUGAUGCUGCCUUUUUAUACACUGUCCUUCUCCCUCACCUGAUGGACCCCACCUGAUGCCCUGCCUUGGCUGGACUUAGCCCUCCUACUACACCCCACAGACAAACUGUUCCCAGUUACCCUAACCAACAUUUCAUUUAGCUUCCACAUAUAUUUUCUUACCUAAGAGAAUAGUUUCCUGCUUAAGCAAAAGACCUACAAUAGGUGGUGGAAUUAAUAGGUUAGGGGUGGAGUGUUGAUAUAAAUAUAUAAAUACAAAUGUAUAUUUUUCAGGAUGUGGUUUAGGAACUGGGAAUAACGUUUUCUGUUACUCCUGAUGGUACCAUGAAAGAUUAUGUAAUAAAAUAUUUGAAAAUCA